GAAUUUCGAGUUCUGAAGAAAUACACUUAUAUUUUCAACUUUAACACAGUUUAUACCCUUACGAAGGCACCACAUGCCUGUGUCUAGGCAUUUUACGAUCCUUUAUGGAUCCCAGACGGGACAAGCUCAAGCUAUAGCCGAAGAAAUUCACGAAAAGUCAUCACAAAAUGGCCUUGAAACAAAGCUUUUCUGCCUCAGCCAAACUGAGAAGAAGUUCUCUCUUGAACGAGAACCCGUGGUUGUCUUCGUUGUUUCAACCACAGGAGAAGGUGAUCCACCAGAUACGAUGUUAAAGUUCAUGAGACGACUGAAGAAAAAAACUUUACCAUCAGAUCAUCUUAAAAAUUGCCAGUAUGCAUUGCUAGCCCUUGGGGACACAAACUACACAAAUUUCUGUAAUAAUGGAAAAACUUUGGACAGAAGAUUACACGAUCUUGGAGCAAAGCAUUUCUAUGAUACAGGCCAUGCUGAUGAUGCGGUUGGGUUGGAGUUAGUUGUAGAGCCUUGGAUUGAUGGGUUGUGGGAUGCAGUUAAAGAGUGUUUGGGAAUGAAUGAGAUCAGUAAUGAAAGUGUUGAUGAUUUGCAUGAUGGCAAAGGUAAUGACAUUCAAGAUGUGGGCAAAGACAGUAAUUCAGCUUCAAGUGUAAUACACAAUGGGAAACCACAAGGCAUUGAAGAAAAUAACCAAAAGAUUGAGAGUGAAAUUCAGAAGAAUAGUAAAGAAAAGGAAAAUCCUAUUGAGUCCUCUCCUAGAGAAUCGAUGUCCAAUGACAAUCGAAAAAAUAACAGUGAGAAUUGUAUCCCUAAUGAGACCCCUACCAUUCAACCUCAAGCAUCGUUGAAGAGAUCAGUAGAGCCACUUUCUUCAAGCAGUCUAUCAAUCCCACUGUGUUCUCCACCAUAUCUGGAAAUAGAUUUUGAGAGCGAGAAUACUAUGCCUUCAAAAGAUGACCUUUCACAUGGUAGACAGUCAUUAUCAAUGGCAACCAUAGUAUCUGCCAAGCAGUUGACUGCAAAUGAUGCUGUGAAAACAGCCCUGGAAAUUGAAUUGGAUAUUACAGACUGUGGCUUAGACUAUGAACCUGGGGAUUCUUUUGAUAUUUUGUGCAGCAAUAACGAAGAUGAAGUUUCUGAGUUGAUUGGCAGACUUGGGCUUGACGAUGCAGCAGAUAUCCCAUUUAGGACAAGUGUAAUACCAUCCACUACAAAAAAGGUAGCAUCUAGGCCAAAGCACAUCCCAGAGUUAUGUACAAUGAAACAUGCUUUCCUCAACUGCUUGGAAAUAAGAGCUGUCCCCAAAAAGGCUCUUAUUCGUAUGUUAGUAGAGUACACCGAAAACCCUCAAGAGAAACGCAGACUUCAAGAAUUGUGCAGCAAGCAAGGUAGCAGUGAUUAUCAUGCUUUUGUGAGGGAACCAAGUGUUUGUUUACUAGAAAUACUAAAGGCAUUUCCUUCAUGUAAGCCUCCAUUUCAAAGAUUAUUAGAACACCUUCCUCAUCUUAGCCCAAGACCGUAUUCCGUAUCAAGCUCACCUCUGUCAGACCCAUGCAGGCUUAAAUUUGUCUUCAAUGUGGUUGAAUUUUCACCUUUUGAAGAUUUGCGCUGUAACAGAAAGGGAGUCUGCACUGGAUGGCUCAGUAAAGUUACAAAAGAAAUGAAAAGCAUGGGUCAAGAUGAUGAUAACCUGUCAAAUGAGUUUAGGAACAUCGACUUGUCCAAUCGAUCAAGUAACAAAAUCAUCCAAGUACCAGUCUCUGCUAGAAAAAAUCCUGGCUUCAGGCUCCCAGAAGAUUUAAAGGUGCCAACUAUCAUGAUUGGUCCAGGGACUGGGGUUGCACCUUUUUUAGGUUUCUUGGAACACAGAAAGCUUCAGAUUGAAAGGUGCAAUGGAGACAAACAAAAGGGUGAGAUGUGGCUCUUCUAUGGUUGUCGACACAGAGAAAAGGACUUCCUUUACAAGGAAGAAUUGGAAUCUUACCAUCAUUCAGGAAUCUUGGAUCAUUUAGUUGUCAGCUUUUCUAGAGAAAACUCAGAUUGUUUAUGUCCACGCUAUGUUCAAGAUAAUUUGAAACUACACGCAGCCAAUUUAGGAAAUUUGUUGUUUAAUAACCAUGCGGUGGUGUAUGUGUGUGGUGAUGCAAAGAAUAUGGCAAAAGAUGUGUUCACAACUUUCUGUGAUAUUAUAGAGCAACACUUAGGGGUGAGCAAGGCUGAAGCAAUCAAAGAGAUGGCCAAGUUGAGAGCUGAAAAGCGAUACCAUGAAGAUGUAUGGACAUAAAAUGAGACUGCUUUUCUUGCAUAUUAGUUCACAUUGAAAAUCAAAAAUGCCAUAGAUUUUUGUCAUUACUUUGAAAAUCCCUACCACAAGAAGUUGAAUUUUCUAGUAGGUUUUAGCAAGUUCUUGGAAUUGAUUGCCAGUGACUUAAUUAUUUUAUUUACUUAUUAUUGUACUAGCGAUAUUACACUGUGCAUGACAAAGGAAGAAGAUACAAUUAUUAUAUUGGAUAUAUAGCAUUCUGAAAAUGCUAAACUCCUUAUUGUUAUUUAAGAAAGCCUUUGUGGAGUUACAGAUAUUGAAAAAUAAUUUGAAAGUGGCAAGGCUCAGAUCGUUCGAUCAAAUAUCAAUCAUUUUCCCAAAAGAAUAAAUCAGAUUUGUGUUAAUUAUAGGAGUUUUGUAAAAAAAAUAUAUUUUUCGUCUUUUUGGCUAACCACAUUCAGUACAAGAAUAUGAAAUUGUUACAAGAUGAAGUUCACGCUUUUGAUGGUAAAUAAAAGUAUAUUAUGCUCUG